UCCUUAUCAACUUAUAUGUACUUAACAGAUGAGGGCUUUUGAAGUGUUUUAGGCAUAUUUCAAGAGUAUGGAAAAUACCUAUAACCACAGGGCCCGUCGUGAAUCUCAUACACAGUCCAUUCUGGGAAUGUUUGAGCUUAAUAUGCCGUUUUUCAGCACCCUCCUUUCCCCGUCUGCCGCAUACAUAUGACCUUUGUCAGAGAACCAGCGUUGGCCGUAAGGAAGCUGUGUAUAUAGAGAUGCCUGCCUUGCAACUACUUGCUCUGGGAAUGUUGGUUUCCCCAUUUUCACAGUGGCGCCACCUUGAGUGCCCUUUGUCAAGUUAGGAUGUAAACUUAACAGUUGUUCUGUGGUAUAUCCCCAGUGCCCAAGAUGGUGCCUAGCACAUAGUUGCUCAAUAAAUAUUUGAGUGAAUUAAGAGAGUUUCUUGAUCUGAGAUGUGUAUGGUGGUAGUUAUCUAAAAGAAACCAUUUUUCUGUAAAUAUUUUAGGCUUUGCAGGUCACAUACUGCCUCUCACAUGUUCUUGUUUGUGUGUGGGUGUGUUACCCAGCCAUCUCAAGUCAUAAAAACCACUCUUAGCCACCGGAGCAGGUUGUAUUUGGCCUAUUGGCUAGAGUUUGCCAAGCCCUAACAAACCCUUGUACUAAAUGGCCACUAACUGCCCGGUGUUUUGGUGUUUGUUUUAGUUCUGAUGUCUGCUUUCUGUCAUUUCUGUUACCAUUUCUAUUGCUAACUGCUCUUGGUGUGGGCACAGUGCCAUCCAAAUUGGUACUUUUAAUGUAAAUUGAGAGUGUAGCCACACUUGUGGGGAUUGUGUUUAAAAUUAAUGAAAAUGCCAGAAGAUGCUGAGCUUUGACUUGAUGCUAUUCAUUUGGCCUUUUUGUGAUUGUUGGGUUCUAGCUGUCUUUAGGAUAGUGGAGGUCUAGGGACAACCCAAUUCCAAACGAGUGGCUCGAGGAAGUAAUAAUAGCACAGACUUCACUUCUGCCCGAGUUUGAAUCCCGGCUCUGCUAUUUACAAUCCAUACGAUCCUGAGCAAGUUACUCAUUAUCUCUCUGUGCUCCAGUUUCCUCCUCUGUGGUGUGAGGAUAAUGAAGUGUCUACCUCAGUUAUAAACACUUGGAAUGCUUCCUGGCACAUGUACUAUGGAAGUGCCGGCCAUUGUUGUUACUCAGAUACUUGUGUUUGCUGGACCUCGCCGUAGGGGGUGAGAGCUUAGCGUCACUGAGAUGAGAUGAAGAAGUACUCAUAGGUUGAUUGCGUGGCACUUUAGGCCGAUCCUGAGUGCACCUGAAGGUUUAUGCCUGGUUUCCGUUGUAAUCAGUAGUGUCUGUGGGAAUUUGAACUCGUUGCAGGUUGGUCCUGAAGACUUUAAGGACGCAAGAAGGCUCACUUUGUGCUCAGCAUUGCUUGAAUAACCUAUUGCAAGGAGAAUAUUUCAGCCCUGUGGAGCUGUCUUCCAUUGCCCAUCAGCUGGACGAAGAGGAGAGAAUGAGAAUGGCAGAAGGAGGAGUCACCAGUGAGGACUAUCGCACUUUUUUACAGCAGCCCUCGGGAAAUAUGGACGACAGUGGUUUUUUCUCUAUUCAGCCGGGAGGUAUAUCCAGAGUUCUUCCAGAAGCUCUCUCGAGGAGCCUGUUCCGUUCCCCUGUAUUGUCCUCCUGGACCCCUCAUUCAGUAGCCUCUCCGUCCAGCACUGCUCCACAUGGGCGGUACCUGGUUAUAAGCAAUGCCUUGAAGGUUUGGGGUUUAGAACUAAUUCUCUUCAACAGUCCAGAGUAUCAGAGGCUCAGGAUCGAUCCCAUAAAUGAAAGAUCAUUCAUAUGCAAUUACAAAGAACACUGGUUUACAGUUCGAAAAUUAGGAAAACAGUGGUUCAACUUGAAUUCUCUCUUGACGGGUCCAGAAUUGAUAUCAGACACAUACCUUGCACUUUUCUUGGCUCAAUUACAACAGGAAGGUUAUUCUAUAUUUGUUGUGAAGGGUGAUCUGCCAGAUUGUGAAGCUGACCAACUUCUACAGAUGAUCAGGGUCCAACAGAUGCACAGACCAAAACUCAUUGGAGAAGAGUUAGCACAGCUGAAAGAACAGAGAGUUCAGAAAACAGAUCUGGAACGAGUCUUAGAAGCAAAUGAUGGGUCAGGCAUGUUAGACGAAGAUGAGGAAGAUUUGCAGAGGGCUCUGGCACUGAGUCGCCAGGAAAUCGACAUGGAAGAUGAAGAAGCAGAUCUCCGCAGGGCUAUUCAGCUCAGUAUGCAAGGUAGUUCCAGAAAUGUGUCCCAAGAUAUUCCACAGACAUCAGGUACACAUCUUACUUCAGAAGAGCUACGGAAGAGAAGAGAAGCCUACUUUGAAAAGCAGCAGCAGCAGCAGCAUCCACCAGCACAGCUUUCCCACCCACGCGAGAGGCCAACCACAAGUUCAGGUGCACUGGGCAGCGAUCCAGCAGGAGAUGCUAUGAGCGAAGAAGACAUGCUUCAGGCAGCUGUGACCAUGUCUUUAGAAGUUGUUAGAAAUAACUUCAAAACGGAAGGGAAAAAAUAAUAGCUUUUACAAAUCAUUUAGACCUUCGUACUUUCCAGCAUUAUCCUGGAUGAUUACAGCAUAGACGGUCCAUUUUAGUAAUGUGUCCAAGGAACAACGUUCAACAGAGGAAAUAAGGCUUUAGGCGGUUUGCAACAAAAAGAUGAGCAAAUGGAAAAGUGUGUCAGUUGUAGGACUAAAUAACGAUCCUCCAAACACUAGCCAAAGAGGCAUCUAGCAAUUAAAGACAUUGAAAAUGGUUUUCUAGAGGUUCCUUUUCUUUUUGAGUGUGCAAUAUCCGACAUGUCUAAAGUUAGGGCGUUUUUCUUGGAUCUUUUUGCAGACCAGCUAAUUAGCUCUUGCCACAGAACUUUUUCCGUUCAUUUUCUUUUCAUCCUUUCUGGUCUGGUCGGUUGGCUCGCUUUUCAUCAUCUCUUAGUUGCUUUUAUUUCUCAUUAACCAAGUUAACCUUUUAGGACAGUCUUUUCUAUGUUGAUAGGAGUAACGGUUCCAGAAGGAUUAGCUGCUUUCCCUCCAAUCACGUGGCGUGCCCUUGGAUGUUUUCUCUGAUCACAGUUUCUUUGGGACGUGGUUUUCCUUACUUUUCUACAACUCUUUUGAAAGAUGGUAAUCUUUCUUGAGGUUUUGCUUCCUAAGCCCUGUAAGAUGGGAUCAUUGUUUCGUGAUUCUGAUGCAUUCCUCAACUCUGAAAUCAACUCUGCACAAGUAUUUGAGAAGAAAUGAGAAUUUUUUAAAUAUGUGAGCACAUCCUUUUCCAGAUGCUUUAUGAAUGUCUUCUCAAUUAUGUCAGACCUUUACAGCUUUGCUGUAACCCUUUCUCUGGCACCUUGAUAUUUCCUUGUCUUCUCCAAUUGAGAAAAAUAGGAGAAGCACGGUAUGCAAGCAAGUUUCAUUCCGUGUAUGAUUUAACAAAUAAUACCCACCAUGAAUGUAUGAGGGACAAAGUUUGGCUUUUGAUUGACUUGCGGUUUCAUUUUCUUCUCUCUUGUGCCUGGAGCUCUCCGUUCUGUUUACAGUGGAGUCACGGAGCGUAGAUGUCUGCUUCUGAUAUACAUCUUGUAGCAGGAUAGAUAGCUUGCCAGAGACGAUGGUUGGAACAUGAAAAUAAUCUACUAACAAAAAUACAUUUAAAUUUAUACUGUGAUUUGACACUUGCAUCAUGUUUAAGUAGCUAAAGAAUUACAGAAGUCACACAGUACUUACUGGGUCUGUAAAUACGAAAGUCUUUAGUUUUGAUAAACAUCUUGAUUGGGAUGCACAGAGUUUGUUUCUGGGUCAACAUAGUGGUAUGAUUUUGGUGGAAAUUAAUUGUCUGUCUGAAGUGGACAUUUCGGAUUCCGUCACUUAUUCCCCAUCCCUCAUUCUCCAUCCCCCUUUUGAAGCUCUUUUGAAUGUUGAGUUGUUCAUAAGCUAAAAGUUAGGAAAUUUCAGCCGACGGCUUAGAAAAUUAAAGUAUGAUAUGUUGCCAUGACUAGUAUAUGGCUGUACACAUUUUAUCAGGGAAAUUUUUUUGAUCUAGGAUUUAUGGCUGAGUUGAAAAGAGAUGAGAAAAUGACUUUGUAUGAUUAUGAAGUAGCUUUUUUUUUUUUUUUCGGAUAGAGACAGGUUUUCUUUUUAGUCAUUAUUUUGUGCCAAAUAAAGUUUUCUGAAGUUUCCCUUGCAAAAUUAGACACUUUUACUUUAAAAUCUAAAGUUUUCUUUUGAGAAUCGAAACGUUUUCAGAAGAGUUAUGAAACUUUAGAACUGUAAGAGACAUUGGAGUUUAGUACUGCUCUCUCAAGAUUUACAAACCAAAAUAUUUUAAGAGUGAACAUUUCUGCCAUUAUCCUCAGUAUGCUUGUCCUGUUUUCCAUGGAUAUUUGGCUUUUACGUUUUCCCAUUGAAAAAUUACAUUCGACUUUUCAUACACUUAAAUGGAUGAGCUACCUAAUAUAAAAAUGAGUAAAGAAAUAUGCAGAAAGUUUUAACCUUAGAGUUUAUAAAGUUCUUAUAUUACACACCUUUAUUAAAGCACUUAAGGAGAUAUAGCAUGUUGAUCUUCAUUUAGGGAUUUUUUUUCUUUUUUUUUUUUUUUUUUUUAAGCAGAGUGGAGCACACACUGGAUACAUUUGUGGAUGUGUUUAUUUAGUUAGUUUCUUAUGAAUGUAAUACUCGGCAGGCAGAUCCAGAAUGACUAGGGAACUGCCAAUUUGUUUGAAUUGGCUUAAACUUAAUUUAGAUUCCGUUUCUUAAUCGAUUGGCCAGUAUGAAAAAGAUGCCAAUGCCUAUAACUACAGUAUCAGAAAACUUAGUUAUACAAAAGUAUAGUUCACACAUCAGUAACUGCUAUUUACCGGAAUCAUCCUGCAAGAAAGUCAGAAACAAUGAAAUUCACAAAAACUGUCCUGCUAAGAACUCUAUAUAAAGCUUUCCAUUCUGUUUUGCCAUUUGGGAACACCUUAAUGUUUAACAUUUAAACUAUUGGUAUCAUUUUUCUAAUGUAUAAGUCGCAUUACCAGGAUAAAAUACCUGCAGUGGCUAUGCUAGUGUUUAAAGUUUAAACAAGUUUUGGAAACACCACUUUCAUAUUUUGAGAUGUUAUGGAUUUAAUAAGUAGUUAUUUAUGUUUUUUAAAUUACAGUAAAAAAAAAUUCACAGGUUAACCUCUGAUCUAAAACCAUCAAUAAACACUUUUUACAGUAAUUAACAUAACAAAUAUUUCAAUAAUGUUACAUUGUUUGAAAAGAUUUCUGCAGGUAAACUCUAUUUUAACUUUUAAGAUCUUGGUCAAAUAAUUUACAAUUCACAGAAUAUGUAAGGAGGUGCUUUUUUUUUUUUCUUUAAAACUUGAUUUUUCUUAAUUAAGACUUUAUUCAUGCCAAAGUUAAUACGGAAAAAAGCUCAAAACUGGUUGAAGAUCAUUAUAGGUAAAACUACCAAUAGUCUGUGUUAUUUCACUUAAGUUGAAUAAAGUAAUUUUUAUUCCUGUCAGAGCCUAAAUUACAUUUUUAAUGUCUGCAUGUUUGAUACUCCUUAAAUAGUAUCAUGCGAGUGCCAAGAUUUAUUAAAUGUCUUAAAAUUGGCCCAUUGGAUCCAUGCAGAUUCAAAAAAGAUUGAGUCAGUGCAUAAGCAAAGUAUAGUGAUAGAAAUUAAAAUGUCUCCAGUUGAAAUAAAUCUGUGUUUUUAAAUUCUCGAGAGGACUCAAUAAUCAAUAUUAUGAUGAUUUCCUAUUAACUUUAUUUGCAACUGGGAAGCCCAGCGGCCACUACUCUAAAUUGUUGUAUCUGAGCCCUAACAAGAAUGGAGAUAUUGUAUAUGUGAUCUUAAUUAAGAAAAACCAGAUUGGAUCAACUAACCAUUUCACCAGUGUCGAUCAUUUUUUCAUAUUUUCAAAAAGAAAACUUUAUUCCUGGUCUCUUCAUAAACCAGUGUUUUUUGCUAAAGAAAGGAACUGGCUUAUAUUUUAAAGUCUUAACGUUAACAAAAGUAUUUUGUUCAUUUUGUUUUCAUGAAUGAAAACAUUGAUAUGGUUGGUUAAUUCUUGAAUUUUUAUUUAUUUAUUUGUUUUGAAGAAAAUCUGUGCUAUUUUUGUUUCCCCCCAGUGUUCUGGCAUUUUAAGAAUUAAUGCUAGUAACAUCACUUCUAAAUUUACAGUUAUUUGGCUCGCAUGUUUAAUUAAUAAUAGUGUAUCAGUAAAUAUCUUAAGACCGGAUUCAUAGACAAGGAAUGGGAAGCAAUAGUGAAAUAUAUGUGGAAAUUUCUGAUUCAUUUAGGAAGCGCUUCACUUGUUUCUUGCAUAGUUCAAAGGUGAAUGUUUCCAGGAAUUUUUAAAAGUUUUUUUUUUUAAAAGAGAAAAACGUACAUUUGAAUGUGAAAAAUAGAAUUUCUACAACACUGGACUACUAGAAAUAACUUUUUAAAAAUUACUGUUGUGUAUAAAUUAUUUGAAAUUCAAGUACAAAACACACCCGAAAAAGCAUUGUCUUUUGGCCGUGACACAAGUGCACUGAGGCACUGCCGUUUGCUCAGGACCCAACUGUGCGGCCCUCGGGGUGUGUUCCUCCUCCCUCUUGAGCUCUCUUGCGGUUACUAGACACACACAGGCCUUCCUCUCUGGUCCUCGGAAAAGCCGGGCUUCCAAAGCACUGUUGAACACUGACGGUUCUCUUAUUAAUGUGGAUGUUCAAUGAGUUGUAUUUUAAAUAUCAAAGAUUAUUAAAUAAAGAUAAUGUUUGCUUUUUUA